AUGGCAACCCAUGAACUCACGAACGAGGGUGAGCUAGAAAGCCCACCAGCUAUAGAUCCUCAGCAGGAAGAAGAAGCUACACAAGGGGCACAGAGCUAUCACCUCCCUCAACGACCACCACACCUCUGUCGCCGUUCUAACCCGGACAACGCGGCCACUACCACACCGACGACCGAUUCAGGGGAGAGCCUCUAUGCGUGGAGGAAGCCAUUCCGGACACCCAGUGAUAGUGGUACGGAAGCUGACGAUGAGGCGAAUGGAGUGCUGAAACGUUUGCCUACGCCUCUGGUCAGCAGGAGGAUAGAAUACCAGUUUAAGAGGGGCGAUGAUGCAGUCAACACCACUGCGGAGCGAAAGAGGCGAGCGGCGCCGGUUGGUUCCAGGCGUUCCAAGAGACGUAUGCCUGACUCUCCGGACCCAGGAGAGCUAGAAUUCCAUAUAACUAUCGGGGCAAGGCUUCGCAUUGAAGUGUUGCGGCGGAUAUGCGAGACUGGGCUCGUACUCGGCGUAGCAUUUGCUGUGAUGCUAAGACGUAGUGUCCGGUCGGUGGUAAAAGUUUGUUUCAUAGAGUUAUCUGUCUUUGCUCUCCUUAUCUUGGGCCUCUAUGCGAUCUUCCCUCUCCGGAAAUGUCCAUAUGGAAGCUAUCGCACAAAACUAAAGAGGAUCAUAGCUUUUCCGUUUUCAAAAGAUAUCGAUCCAGCACCUUUGAUAUACCCCAUAUUAAUACCUGUUUUAAUUACUCUUUCUCUAGGGCCAUCCUGUGAAGCACUCGUCUUACUGAACAUAAUCCUAAGCCUGUCAUCUCUACCAGCUGCGACUAUUCCGUUGCAUGAUUCUGGAACUUAUAGUGUGAUGCACUGGAUGAUCACCACCGUCCCUCUCCUCAUUUCCGAGAACUUUCCACUUUCCCGGAGUCCCAAGGAGGCCAUGAGCGAACUCGGACUUGAACCAGAGCUUCUAGUCCUUAUCUUCCCCCUCCAAAAAUCCACCGUUUCGAUUAUCGAGUAUCUUGUUACUUCGAGUCUACUGCCAUCGGAAGUCCAGCUCCUGGGGACUGCAUUGGUCAACGUACUGCUUGUCUCUAGGUCUCCUCAGGCACAGAUCCUUAAAGCUUUGAUCUGGCUAGGGUCGCUCUGCAUAUUCAUUACGUGCAAGCGUGUCCUUCUCUGGGAAGCAACCUUGGCUAAAAUCCCGUCCUGGAAGUUCCGCCGAGCCUCGACUCAGACAACUGAUGACGAACAUAUCCUGGGUGCGCUGGACCGUCAAGUGUGCCACACUCUGAAUCAUCCUUUCUCCGAGGACCAAGCUUCAGAGAGCGAGAUACAGGUGGAUGUGGAUAGAUCCGGAAGCCGCCGGACAAGUUUACUGUAUAACAACUUCACGAAGCUCCUGGCUACCGAAGUAGAUCUUGACAAGGGGCUCUUCAAACGGACCGGAUUGAGCCCGCAGCCCCUUUCGCCCGUGGAAAAUGAGCCUAGGAUUGAGGCAAGCAUGGAUAGCCUGGAUGAUCGAACACAGCCUUCGAGGUCAGAUAGUCAGCGUUACCUAUCUUCCAAAGCUGGAGGUAUGGCACCUGGCCGCAGAACUACUACCAAGGGAGGUCGACGAAAACGCCAACUUCCGCCCAGUAUGAGAGCGUUUCUCUCCCUUACGAUGGAGCAGGCCAUUAUCCGCAAGUGGGCGUAUGCGCUGUACGUUUAUACUAUGGUCCUUGCUAUAAUACUGGUUCCAGUGCGGUGGUAUGUCGGUGAGUAUGCCCUUGGAGGCCGAGAGCCGUUCGGAUGGGCGAUAGGGUAUCUCUUUGGAAACAUAUCGUCUGUCAGGUUCACACUGCUGCUCUGGAGCCUUGAGGUCUGGGCCUGCAUUCCACCGCGGCUACACGAUAUUUCAGCGUCCUGCCACCUAGGCUGGGUCGAACAUCUUCGCCGCGACAGUGUUGGAGAAGCCAGCACCCGACUGUUUCUCUGUGGCUACUGCAUCCUUAUCCUGGUGGCGGGACUGUCACUAGUCCACCGGCUCUCGCGUGUGGUGGAAGUGGACACACGCCGCAAGAUCUUCCACGGCAUGAUGGUAGCCAUGUUCUUUCCGACCAUCUUCGUCGACCCUGCGUUUGUCGCUCUAUCGUGCACGCUGGUCCUUGCCAUCUUUCUGCUUCUUGAGCUCUUCCGUGCAUCUCAAGUGCCGCCACUGGCCCGCUGGCUGUCCUAUUUCCUCGCACCCUACGUUGACGGCCGUGACCACCGUGGACCCGUGGUGGUGUCUCAUAUUUUCCUUAUGCUCGGCUGCGCCCUACCACUCUUACUAAGCCUCGCCGGUACCCCUCACCAGGGAGCAGCUCCAUGGGAAGGAUGGGAUAUCAAUGGCCGGGAUGUUAGCAUGGUGAGUGGCAUAGUCUGUGUCGGGAUGGGUGACGCCGCAGCAUCGCUUGUCGGGCGACGCUACGGUCGACGUCGAUGGUUCUGGGGCGGCGAUAAGAGCAUCGAGGGGAGCGCUUCCUUCGCCGCAGCAGUCUUCAUUGGCCUUGUGACUGCUCGUGUCUGGCUGGUUGGUGGAGGAUGGGAGGCCCGGGUCGACUGGAUCCUGACGAUAGUCAAGUCCGCGUUCGCAGCUGUCGCGUCAAGUUUCAUGGAAGCUGUGCUGACGGGAGGCAACGAUAAUGUGGUUGUCCCGCUGGUUCUGUGGCUGCUGGUGCGUGGCUUGCACCUGUGA